GACAUUAGAGGUCAGUUUAUAUUUCUGGAAAACUUGAUUCGCUUACACUGGAGAGUCUCCGAGAUCAAUGAGAGAGGGAGAGAAACCACAGUGUUAAAGGUCAAAGACAAAAGACAGCAAAAUUAACACACAGCCAAAAAAUACUCGCCGGCGUUAUACGCGCCAUUCUUGUUCCCGUUGUCCGUUUGAUUUUAAUGCUUUAUCAUCUGAUCGUCAAUUCGCGUCAGCAGCAUCGCUCUGCAGAGGACGGCGGCGGCGGUUGCGAUGAAGAGCCAUUGCUGACAUCAUCAGCAGAAGCUGCAGAACGACAACUAGUUCCUAAAUUUUCCUUCAUUUUCUCCGGCGACGACCGGUGAGAUUUUCGAGAGUUUUACCCCACUGUAGUGAAUAUUAUUAUGAAGAAAAGCCAAAGCAUCGGUAACAGUAGUAGCACGAAUCGCAAGGCUAAGAAUGGGACAAAUGGAUUUCUUCCGAAUUCCCUCAAGUUCAUAUCCUCUUGCGUCAAGACGGUUUCAUCUAAUGUGCGCUCCGCAGGAGCCUCCGUAGCCAGCUCCAUCUCCGCAGCUGCUUCCGAUUCAGAUGAUCAUCGCAAGGAUCAGGUUCUCUGGGCUUGCUUUGACAAACUAGAAUUAGGUCCUUCAUCCUUCAGGCGAGUCCUGCUUGUCGGUUAUUCUAAUGGUUUUCAAGUUCUAGAUGUUGAAGAUGCAUCUAAUGUUUGUGAACUGGUUUCAAGGAGGGAUGAUCCAGUAACAUUUCUACAGAUGCAGCCCAUACCUGCAAUGUCCGAUGGUCCUGAAGGAUUUAGAAACUCACAUCCCAUGCUCUUGGUUGUGGCAUGUGAUGAAGCAAUUGAUUCCAUUCCAGCAGAACGCUGGAGAGAUGGCUUUAUUGAGCCUCAGACAGGAAACAUUCUUAACCCACCUUCUACUGUUCGCUUUUAUUCUCUGCGCUCCCAUAAUUAUGUUCACAGUCUGCGAUUCCGGUCUACUGUAUAUAUGAUUAGGUCCAGUCCACAAAUACUGGCUGUUGGACUUGUAGCACAAAUCUAUUGCUUUGAUGCUGUUACACUAGAGACUAAGUUCAGUGUACUAACAUAUCCCAUGCCUCAGUUGGGUGGCCAGGGGUUCACUGGGGUUAAUAUUGGAUAUGGUCCCAUGGCUGUAGGUCCAAGAUGGUUAGCCUAUGCUUCAAAUAAUCCAAUACUAUCAAACACAGGACGAUUAAGCCCACAAAGUCUUAGUCCUUCUCCAGGUGUUAGCCCCUCUACAUCUCCUGGUAAUGGAAAUAUGGUUGCUAGAUAUGCCAUGGAGUCGAGUAAACAGCUAGCUGCUGGAUUGAUCAAUCUUGGAGACAUGGGCUACAAGACUUUGUCAAAGUAUUGUCAUGAGAUUCUUCCUGAUGGUUCUAGUUCACCUGUGUCAUCAAGUACUAGCUGGAAAGGUGGAAGGGGUGGUGCCAUUCAUUUGACUGACAUAGAUGCUGCUGGGGUGGUUAUGAUUAAGGAUUUUGUAUCCCAAGCUGUUAUUUCACAAUUUAGGGCCCAUACAAGCCCCAUAUCUGCUCUAUGUUUUGACCCUAGUGGCACUCUUCUUGUUACUGCCUCCACAUGUGGGAACAAUAUAAAUGUAUUCCGGAUAAUACCUUGCUCUCAAAUUGGAUCGGGCACACAGGGCAACAAUUGGAGUUGUUCUUAUGUCCACUUGUACAAGCUCCAUCGAGGCGUGACUCCAGCUGUGAUACAAGACAUCUGUUUUAGUUCCUAUAGUCAGUGGGUAGCUAUUAUUUCAUCCAGGGGCACAUGCCAUAUAUUUGUUCUAUCCCCUUUUGGUGGUGAGACUGGACUGCAAUUACAAAAUUCUCCAGUUGAUGGUCCAAGUCUAGUACCUAUUCUAUCUCUGCCAUGGUGGUUUACUUCAUCUUUCUUGACAACCCAUCAGUCUUCUACUCCACCUGCAGCUAUUACACUGUCUGUUAUUAGCAGGAUAAAAAAUUCAUCUGCUUGGAUGAAUACUGUGAGCAAUGCCACAUCUACAGCAGGAAAGGCUCCAGUGCCUUCUGGUAUUGUUGCUGCUGUUUUUCAUAACUGCAUAAGCCAUGAUGUGCACCCUGCUUCACUAAGUUGUAAUGCUUUAGAGCAUCUAUUAGCCUUCACUCGUAGUGGUCAUCUAAUUCAAUAUGCACUGAGGACUUCCCUUGGUGGAGAUCAGGGUGAUUCUUCUUUUAGAACUUGGACAGGUUCCUCAAUGCAAAUGCAUGAGGAUGAACUGGGUGUGAAGGUUGAGCAUGUUCAAUGGUGGGAUGUUUGCCGAAGAGCAUAUUGGCCUGAAAGAGAGGAGCAUGUUCAGGGGAUUAAGCUUAGUACCCGAGCAGCUGUUGAUGCAGUAAUGGGUACUUCUGCUAGUGAAGAUGCUUAUAUGGAAGGCAAGGAGUUUGUCAAGCUACAUGAUCAUUCUCACUGGUACCUUUCCAAUGCAGAGGUGCAGUUGAGGUCUGGGAGGGUACCUCUUUGGCAGAAGUCAAAGAUAUACUUCUAUACUAUGAGUCUCCCCAAAGGGUUUGAAGAGCAGUAUCUUAGUCAAAGUUAUGGCUGUGAAGAGAUUGAAAUUGAGAGGUUUCCUGUCAAUGAGGUGGAAACAAGACGCAAUGAUUUGCUGCCUGUGUUUAACCAUUUUCAUAGGAUUUGCACAAAUUGGAAUGAUGAAAGGAGUUCCUUUGAUGAUAGAAUUUCUGCUACACAAUAUGCCUCUUCUAUUGGUAUGGGGAUGUCAGAAGAUGCUGCUUUUAAUGCUAAUGUAGUCUCAGCUUGUUCACUCCAAAAGUCCCAUACCGGCUCUCAGCAAACAUCUGAUGUAGAUAAAGUGGAUAUAAAGUCCAUGUCAUAUCUGCAAAAUGACCUGUUGGAUGAGGAUGAUGGAGUGAGGGUAUCAGGUUCUAUUUUAACCCCAAUGAUGCAAAACCAGAUUUCCUCUACUCCCGAGUUAUCCACAAAUAUUAUGUCUUCCCUUGAGGAAAGUUAUGCUGUAAAUAGUCCAACUUUCCCGGAUAGUGGAGGAACGUGUGCUAGGGAUUCUCAGUCUUCAAGCAGUGCUGUCACUAGUGAAGGUUCCAACUCAAGUUCUAAUCGUUCUGAUACAAGUAUGAACAUUAUUGAUGAAGGGCCAGGUCAUGAAGAUAUGUGCGACUGCAUUGAUUUUGGGCAGUAUUUUCAAGAGGGGUACUUUAAAGCUGCAACUGAUAACAAAUCUCUUAAAUUAGCAGAAGUGAUUACUGAUAUUGAUAGCAGCAAUAAUUGUGCCUGUGAGAAAGAGAAAGCCGAAGAUGACUUGCUCGGAGGUGUAUUUGACUGUUCUGAAGGAGGCGUGUGAACUUGGUGGGUUGGCACUUGACUUGAUGAUCCUAACUCUAUGACAGUUAUUGUUCAUUGUUUUGGCGUUGUAUAAGCUUUGGUAGAGUUCAAGUGUGUGCAAUGCGUGAUUAAUGGGGGUUUGAAGAAAGGGGAAAAUGUGAUAUGCAUGUAUUCCAUUAUUUUUUACCAGCACUGAACGCCUGGUUUAUCCUUGUCUAAUUAUCUUGUACAGGUCUGUGUAUAUUAAAGUUAAUGAUGCAAAAGCUUGGAGUGCACAGGUAUGUCUAUGCUGUGUACUUUUUAUUUUUUA